CGUUCGCUGCCCGUAAAAGGAAAAGGUACGCCCCCUAGCUCUAGGCCAACGGCGGCCGUAGAAGAGAGCAAAUGAAAUGGCCUGCCCCUGCCCGCCUAUCCACCGGACCAGAUCGGCUGCCGCGGCGGCGACGAGACGACGGCGACACGCGCGCUCACAUGGAUUCCUGCCUAGGCAGGGGCCCUCCCAUUCUCAACUCGGAGAUGAAAAUGGAGAAUAUAUCGGGCCGCAGCUGUCUUCUCCUACCUAGUUCGUCCGUUUCACCAAUAGUGCCGUCUAGCUGUUCGAUGUUAUUCCUCCCUGGCCCGGCUUUUCCGCUUUCCAGCCCACGGAUGGGAUGCCCGCGAGUGGGAGGUGAUCAGUUAGGGGACCGUACCUAACGACAUUCGCUGCUCGUGGGAAUGUAAUUCAGAAUUCAGAAAUAUCCCCUGCGAGAAAUAUUCCAUGUAAGAAAUACACUGUGCUGCAGCAUGAGUAUGUAGUGUGUUGUUAUUUAUUUCAGACACACAUAAACAGAUAAAUAUCAUAUGUAGUACUGUGCAAGAAGUGUUGCGAAAAAUCAUGGGUUCUAGACAGUCGUAGGGAUGAAAUAAUUUACAUCCUCCUGUUUACUUUGGCAUCAGAAGCUUUACUUGAAACCAGCACGGCUCUGAAUCUUAUCAAGAUGUGUCAUAUGUGAAACGGUGAUGUUUACUAAGAAAGCUAUCAUGUCAUAAAAAAACCAUAUGUACAUCUACUAGGUUUGUAGUCACACCGGAUGUUCCACACAACUGAAAAAACAAAUUGUUUCCUGUUCCUAGUAGCCGACAAAAUGUGUAAACUUUUGGGUAAAGACAACUGUCGACAUUUCACUUGUGCAGCCUAGUUUUCAGAAUAUAUUCUUUCAACAGAACUUUGUGGAUGCUUCACGUUUUCGAAGGAUGAGUGUAUGAAAUUAGAAGAAAUAUGUGCUAAAUAAGGAAUAUGCAGUAUCCAAGGCCUAUGACACAGCACAAUCAUGGAAAGAUUAGGUAGUUCAUAACCAUGUAUCUAUAAUAGAACUUCACAGCCCUUCCGCCGCUCCUAUUCUCCUGGGCAAGGUAGGGACAAAAUUCACAUUUAGCCCACAUAUUUUAGCCUGAGCUGUCCCCCCAUAUAGUUAACCUUAGUGGAUAGGAAAAUGCAGAGCUAGUGCAUAUGAUUCCUUCUGUAUGUAGUGCACUGACACAAGAAGCAAAAUUAGGUGAAAAUCCUCUGCAUUAUUCUGCUAUCACAAACCCUUGGCGGUUAGUUUAGAUUUGACUUAGGGCUUUGUUUAAUCCCUUAUAAAUUUUGAUCGUCGAGAGGGGAUCAAAGCCUACCACUAUUCUGAAUUCUGAAAGCUACCCUGCGCCAUUUGUAAAAGUGGCAUCCCUUUCUUGCUAGCAGAACCCGACAAUAGCAGAGUUUGUUAUGAAAAGCUGACCUCAAAGGGGGGGAAAUGAUGCUGCCGAGGAAUAUUCCAGGCAUUCGGUAGUGUAAAUGUGAUGCGAUUUUAUAACGGAGAUGUAAUUACCACGGAGGAAAAGCAGCAAAAGUUCAAAAAUUCUUCGACACGGAUUCUUGUAGUUCCUCUCAAUGCACAAUUUUACAGGUACCUGUUACUGUCAGUUAUAUCAGUGACCUGUACUACAUGCUUGUGUUGAGCUGUUCUUUUUGCUGUACUGCAGAAUCAAUACCUUCAUGGACAAUACCUUCACUGUCCAUACCUCAAAAAUAUUUCUGGAAUCUUCCUUGCUGCAGUCUGCAGAAUUCUACACUGUAUCUGCCAAGCAAAUGAGGCAGUACCACUUGCCAUAUCUGAACCUCUUGAGCUUCAGUUCCGCGUCUAAUUGCGCCUUAAUUUUUAACUGAAAAUAAUGAUAAUUCAUGUGCCACCGUGCAUUUACAAUAGUAGGAAAAAGCCCGCUGCAAAAAAAGCUGCUGUGUGUUUCAUUUUUGUGCUAAAUUUAGUAUUUUCUCCAGAAGCCUCUUUAUGCUUAUCGCCUGUCAUUAUGAUCUCUAGAGUUUCAGUUCCAUGCUGAAUGGCGCCUGAAAUUCUAGUGAAAAUACUUUAUUUUCAGAGUUUCGGUCCAGUGCUGAACUGCGUUUUGAAUUCUACUCUGCAUACUUUAUUUCUUGAGUUUCAGUCCAGUGUCAAACUGCGCUUUAAACUGAAAAUACUGCAUUUACUCUGUGACUGUUUUUUCUUCCGGUACAGUGUCAAAUCGCACCUUAGAUUCUACUAAAAAGGCUGACUUUUUAGUUUCAGUUCCUUGUACUGGAAAUACUGAUAUAUUUUUAACUCAGCUUUAAACACUAGUGAAAAUACCAAUAGUUGUCUGAUAAAAAAAAGAAGAAAAUACCAAUAGUUUCCGUGUCGCCGUGCAAUAAUAAUAGUACCAAUAGUUGCGUUGGUGCUUUUGAUCGCAGUUUAUAAUGAUAAUGCAAGAAACGACUAGCCUGUCGUGCAAGAAUAGGUGCCAAAUGUUUAGCCUUUUUCCUCCUUUUUAGCACUGAGAGUGCGAGACAUUAAUCGCCUUUAGUUUACGUGUAUUUUCUUGGGGGAAAGAAAAGAAAGAAGUGUUUUAUGCUUAUUCCUUGUUAUUUGCACUGAUGUUAUACAUAUAUAAUCUCUGGAGUUGUGAUGCCAAACCAGUGGACAUUACAACGCCUUGUCAAGAUAAAAAAAAUUGGUUAGGAAUUGGCAAAAAGGGUCCUAAGUAAUGUUUCUAUAUAUACCUGGGUUCCCUCUCCACUGCCAAGAAAAGGACGCAUAUAUUCUGCUGUAACCUUGGCCAGAGGGAUUACUAUUACGUACGCCCCAUGUUUGUAUUUUGGAGCGGUAGAAAAACUGCAACAGGAAGUUAGGGCUCCUUUGAUUCAAAGGAUUUCCAUAGGAACUUUGGAGGAUUAGAAUCAUUAUGAAUUUUUUUCUAUGUUGGUUGUUUGAUUCAUAGGAUUGAAUAAACUUUUUUCAUACUUCCCAAGAUUUCUAGCAUCCACUCCAACCUCUUUGAAAAAAAUCGUUUGUUUUUCGUAUGAUGCAAUCAAACAGCUUAAAAUCCUGUAGGACUAAGAUGAACAUGACAUUCCAAUCCACAGUCCCGCGUUUUUAGAAUCUGCGAAUGGAAGAACGAUUUCAUUUGGGUGGCUGUGGAGCCGAGCGCCCUGCGUUGUGCGGUGCGGUGGCGCUGAGCGAGAGGAAAGAGGAGCGCGUGGAGCUGACCCGCUCGUGCGUCGUGUGGCGGGCGAAGGAAUUGGAAGGCGAGGGCAAGCGGGCGUUGGAUUGCCGUCCACGCGUCGGCCAUCCGGGGCGGGGCUCUCUAUAAAUACCUCUGCAUGCCUCCUUCAGUUAGCAUCCGGGCAAGAACUAGCGCGCGCUCUCGCUCUCUCUUUUCUCUCCCUCUCCCUCUCACCACCAGCAGACCAGCUCCGUGCGUGCGUGCGUACGUACGUGACCACCAUGAGCUCCUCCGGCGCCCGCGGUGUCCGUCGAGAGUACGGCCGGACCUAUGUGGUGAGGCCCAAGGGGAGGCACCUGGCCACCAUUGUGUGGCUCCACGGCAUAGGCGACAACGGAAACAGUUGGUCCCAGGUCCUGGGCAAUCUCCCGUUGGAUAAUGUCAAAUGGAUUUGCCCUACUGCGCCAACGCGGCCCGUAGCGGCCUUCGGUGGAUUCCCAUGUACUGCAUGGUUCGAUGUGGAGGAGACUUCUGUUGACGGCCCCGACGACGUCCAAGGGCUGGACGCAUCCGCCGCACACAUAGCAAACCUGCUAUCGUCCGAGCCCUCUGAUGUGAGGCUUGGGAUAGGCGGUUUCAGCAUGGGAGCUGCCACUGCGCUCCACUCUGCCGCAUGUUAUGGUCAUGGAAGGUUCUCAAAUGGGGUCGCUUACCCUAUCACCCUCAGCGCCAUCAUUGGGUUGAGCGGCUGGCUUCCCUGCUCCAGGACCCUGAGGACCAAGAUUGAGAGCUCACAGACUGCUUUCAGGAGGGCUGCUGCCUUGCCGAUAAUGCUUGGCCAUGGAAGAGGGGACGAGGUAGUCACGUAUAGGAACGGUGAGAGGUCGGCCGAGUUUCUGCGGAACUCGGGCUUUUCUUACCUUAAUUUCAAAGCCUACAACGGACUGGGCCAUCACACCAUCCCUGAGGAAAUGGACGAUGUCUCCAAGUGGCUCAGGGCAAGGCUCGGGCUUGAUCGCUCUUGCGGCUAAGUGGAGAAGCUUGUGCCUUGGUGGCUGACACAUGACAUGAGAGAAAAGUAUUGACACUAUAGAGGAGGAGAAGGUUGAUAUAUAUAUAGGUUAAUCAUAUGAAGAGAUCACGACCGGCAUGUGUUGAUAUAUAAGUCCUCACUACUGAAUUUCAUGUUACACUUAUAUGAUUGUACUAGUAAGAGUUGUACCCCAGUUAUAUUGUUUGUUUUGAUUGACCACACCAGUAAUUUAUGACGAUAGCUUUUAAUA